AUGAAUAAAGUACUAUAUUGGUUGCGCGGGCUCGAAACGCUUUUUUAUUUGUUACUUAUAGCCAUUUCAGUGGUUUCAGUAGGAAUUAUACAAGUGUUUUGCUUCAUUUUAUUGUUCCCGGCGCUAUUUUAUGAUAGAUAUAUAGUCCAUAAAAUUGGCAACAAGAUUAUAUUCUUUUUGAUUAACUUAAUCGCCUUUCACAUAAAUAGACGGUGGAAGUGUGAAAUAUUAACGGACAUUCCUGAUAGAGAUCGCAAAAAAAGAAGAAUAUACAUGUUCAACCACCUUAAAAUUACCGACCCUCUCGUAUCGACCUACGUCGGAAUGAAGUAUUUCACCGGGUGCCUCUACAAGGAUUCCUUGCACAAAGGAUACCCAAAGUGUUUCUUAAGUUUAAUUGGACAAGUUCCAAUUUACUUUGAAUACGAUAGGGAAAGGGGCACUAAGACGGUGAAGAAGGAAUGUGUAGCUGGAGUGAUGGACAGGUGUAAAGAGCUGAUGGAUAACGGGUUUGACAUAAUAGUAUACCCGGAAGGCACAAGGAGUAAGACCGGGAAGCUACAGGAGUUUAAAGACGGAUUCUUCCGCUUCUCAAUGGACAACGACUACGAAAUUGUCCCAUGUGCUGUUCACAACACAAACAUUCUUGUAAGUGAACACGUGUUUGUAUUGAACGGGACGUGCUAUCUGAUGGCAGGAAAACCCAUUUCACCUAAGGGGAAGACUCUGGAAGAUCUUAAGUUUGAAGUGAGGAAGUCGAUAUACAAGUUAAUGAAGCUAGCUCCAACAUUCAAGCCGGAACUAGAGACUGUGAACGAACUGGAGUAA